GUUAUGUGUGUCUGCUUACGUGAUGAUAUGAAGAAGUCAUAAGAGAAAAGCAGGAUGGCUGUAGGAUGGUGUUUACUCUGCUCCUGUUGUAUGUCAUUGUCAAACAAAGUAUUUCAAACUCAAACGCCAAUUUAAAGAUGUGAAGAAAGAAGAGGGAGUAAAAGAAGGAAUAAAAGAACGGAGUAAAGGGCGCUGUUUCUAAAAUGAGUCUCUCAGAGGAGUCAAAGACCAAAGGAGGAACCCUCAGCAGUGAGAGGAAGAGGGCCCAGGUAGAAAGAACAGGGUCACCUGUACCUAGCUGUCUGUCUAUGAAGAGUGAUCGUUUAAUGGAUCGUCCAAUCGAGUUCAGAGGAGAGUUUGCAGGUGAUCAAAGGGUCCAGGUAGAAAGAACAGGGUCACCUGUACCUAGCUGUCUGUCUAUGAAGAGUGAUCGUUCAAUGGAUCGUCCAAUCGAGUUCAGAGGAGAGUUCGCAGGUGAUCAAAGGGUCCAGGUAGAAAGAACAGGGUCACCUGUACCUAGCUGUCUGUCUAUGAAGAGUGAUCGUUCAAUGGAUCGUCCAAUCGAGUUCAGAGGAGAGUUCACAGGUGACAAAAGGGUCCAGGUAGAAAGAGCAGGGUCACCUGUACCCAGCUGUCUGUCUAUGAAGAGUGAUCGUUCAAUGGAUCGUCCAAUCGAGCUCAGAGGAGAGUUCAUAGGUGAUCAAAGGGUCCAGGUAGAAAGAGCAGGGUCACCUGUACCCAGCUGUCUGUCUAUGAAGAGUGAUCGUUCAAUGGAUCGUCCAAUCGAGCUCAGAGGAGAGUUCAUAGGUGAUCAAAGGAUACAGCAGUCACUGGAGUCCAGCUCUUUAGAAGAGAUGAGUUCAGAGAAAUUAUCUUCCCCAAAAGAGUCUCUCCUGUGCAAUCUGAAGAAGCUGAAGAAGAAGGAGUUGAAACAGUUUCAGAGCCAUCUGAGUCAGGAUUGCCCAGAAUGCCUUAAAAUUCUGUCUGAAGAUCCUUCUAUACUGGAUAGGUUUAUGAAGAUCAAUAAAUUAUUUGAGAGUCAUCAAAUUGCUGAUUACCCAGGAUGCAUUGAGAGAGAACAGGAAGAUUCUGAGGCUGUGUACACAGUUGAGAAGAUGCUGGAGACCUGUGGCAGUGAGAGGUCUCUGAAGAUCACACUCCACAUCCUGAGGAACAUGAAGCGGAAGGAUCUCGCCGACUCACUGGAGAGAGAUGAGCAGCUCAAUGAAUCCAUAAAAAGAGCCCAGCAGGCACUGAAAACUCAUCUGAAGAGGAAGUUUGAAUGCAUAUUUGAAGGUUUAGCAAAGCAGGGCCACCCAACUCUCCUCAAUGAGAUCUAUACAGAGCUCUACAUCACAGAGGGGGGAGGUGGGGGGGUCAAUAAUGAACACGAGGUCAGACAGAUUGAGACAGCAUCACAGAGACAUACCACACAGGAGACUGCAAUCCUCUGCAAUGAUAUCUUUAAGCCUUUACCUGGACAAGAGAAACCCAGAACUGUGCUUACAAAGGGCAUCGCUGGCAUUGGGAAAACCGUCUCUGUGCAGAAGUUCAUUCUGGACUGGGCAGAAGGAAAAGCCAAUCAGGACGUUGAUUUCAUCUUCACCCUUCCUUUCCGAGAUCUGAAUUUGAAGAAGGAAAUAGCAUUCAGUCUGAUGCAACUUCUGCAGCACUACUUUCCACAGCUGAAAGAGAUCAAAAGUGUUGAAGGUGAUAAAGUCAAAGUUUUAUUUAUCUUUGAUGGUCUGGAUGAGUGUCGACUUCCUCUAAAUUUCCGAAGCAAUAAGAAGUGCUGUGAUAUAACAGAGGCAUCAUCAGUGGAUGUGCUGCUGACCAACCUCAUUAAGGGGAAUCUGCUUCCCACUGCUCUCCUCUGGAUCACCUCCCGACCAGCAGCAGCCAAUCAGAUCCCUCCUGAGUGUGUCCACCAGGUGACAGAGGUACGAGGUUUCAAUGACCCACAGAAGGAGGAGUACUUCAGGAAGAGAAUCAGAGAUCAGAACCUGGCCAGCAGGAUUAUAUCACACAUAAAGUCAUCCAGGAGUCUCUACAUAAUGUGUCACAUACCAGUCUUCUGCUCGAUUUCUGCUACUGUUCUGGAGACAAUGUUGGGUAAAGCAGAGAGUGGAGAUCUGCCCAAAACUCUGACUGAAAUGUACACACACUUCCUGCUAAUUCAGACAAAUGUAAAGAAUCAGAAGUAUCAUAGCACCAAUGUGACAAACUCAAAGAAGAUGUCAGCAUCAGAUACAGAAAUCAUCCUGAAACUGGGGCAGCUGGCUUUUCUACAGCUGGAAAAAGGUAAUCUGAUAUUCUAUAAAGAGGACCUGAAAGAGAGUGGCAUUGAUGUUAGUGAAGCUUCAGUGUACUCUGGGGUGUGCACAGAGAUCUUUAAAGAGGAGUGUGGGUUGUAUCAGGAGAAGGUCUACUGCUUUGUGCAUCUGAGCAUUCAGGAGUAUCUGGCUGCCUUGUUUGUAUUUCAAUCAUGUGUAAAUGAGAACAGAAAUGUACUCAGAGCAGAAGAAUCAAAACCUCACAGUGACAGAGUGCAGUUGUCUGAGUUACACAGGAGUGCAGUGGAUCAGGCCUUAGGGAGUAAGAAUGGACACCUGGACCUUUUCCUCCGAUUCCUUCUUGGCCUCUCUCUGGACUCCGUUGAGACUUUCUUAAGACACAAAACAAAUCCUGUUGUUACAUUCUUUAAAAGACUGCUGACACAGACAGAAAGCAGAUCAGAGAGCAUUGAAAAAACAGUCCAGUACAUUAAGGAGAGGAUCAGAGAGGAAUCUUCGGCAGAGAGGACCAUCAAUCUGUUCCACUGUCUCAAUGAACUGAAUGACAACUACCUUGUGCAGGAAAUCCAGAAUUCCCUGAGAUCAGGAAAACUUUCUGAUAAAAAGCUGGAACCAGACCAGUGUUCAGCUCUGGCCUUUGUGUUAAUGAUGUCAGAGGAGGUCCUGGAGUUUGACUUGAAGACCUACAACACAUCAGCAGCAGGUCAUCAGAGACUGCUACCAGUAAUCAGGAACUGCAGGCAGGCCAAACUGAACAGCUGUGACCUCACAGAGAAGUCCUGUGAUAUUGUGGCCUCAGCUCUCCAGUCAUCAAACUCACCACUGAGAGAUCUGGACCUCAGCUACAAUAACCUGGGAGAUUCAGGAGUGGAGCUGCUCUGUGCUGGACUGAGGAGUCCAAUCUGUAAACUACAGAGACUGGGACUGAACAACUGUGAACUCACACAGAAGUGCUGUGAUAUUGUGGCCUCAGCUCUCCAGUCAUCAGACUCACCCCUGAGAGAUCUGGACCUCAGCUACAAUAACCUGCGAGAUUCAGGAGUUAAGCUGCUCUGUGCUGGACUGAAGAGUCCAAACUGUAAACUGCAGAGACUGGGGUGAGUAGUGCUGUGUACUGUGUGACCUUAACAAAAAAUAAUUCCUGAGUAUGGUUGUGUAUGUCUGAAUUUUGUCACAAGGAAGAAAACAAAUUUACUGAUUGCAUUUUCAAAGCCUGUAACCUCAAUGAUUGUGUGAUUACGAGUUUGCAGAUCAGCAUAAUGACUGGGGUAUGCUCAUACACUACAUUUCCAAAAGUGUGUGGACACCUGAACAUCACACCCUUGUUGAACAUCUCAUUCCAAAACCAUGGGCAUUAAUAUGGAGUUGG